CUAGACUAGCUUUGGCAACAUAAUGAGACCCUCGUCUCUAUUUAAAUAAUAAAAAAAGAAAAAUAAGUGAAGAAAAAGUGCUGCUUUGCUUCUUCCUUGGAGCCUCGCUGGCCAUGGCGGCAGCAGCCAGAGCCACCAGGGCUUAGCCUGGGCAGGUGUGGGACGGGGGCGGGCAGCUGGCGGGCUGCAGGGCAGAGGCUCUCUGCCCUGGGCGGGCAGCAGAGGACAUUUGUGAACUAACCCAGAUGAGGGCUGGGUAUCUCCUCAGAGGACCCGAGGAUCCCAGGCUUCCCCCUCCUGCCUUUGGACGGUAGCACCUGAAAUUUCAGGGCCUGGGUGAUGGGGUGGAUCAGAGGGUCGGUUCGGGUCUGAAGGAAACAGUCGGGCACCCUCCCCCAUCCUUGGGGCGGUUUUGUGUUGAAGCCAUUUGUCUCUUUGUCUUGGGGAACCUCCUAGGAUGACCCCUAAGCUCUGACCCCAGCUCUGGGUGGGGGGCCUGGGGCUGUGAGAGGCCAGGCUGCCUGUGUCCCUGGUGGGGAGGUGGCAGGGGGCACAUGCUUUGCUGCUUUGCAGGGAAGACCCAGGCAGAAGCAAGAGGGGGCCCUGUGUGCUUUUGUAGCCCAGUCCUCCUGCACCCCGACCCCCUGUGCCCCUUCCCUUGCCUCUCACACCCUGCCCUGCUCUCUUGCUCCCGGUAGAUCUAGACAUGGCUCGGGAUCCCAAGGCUGGCCCUGCCUGGCCAGGCCAGAAGAAGCAGUGCGGCACAGGUGUUUUCUGGGCCCUCCCCAGGCACAGGAAGGACCUGAAGCUCCUGCUGCAGGGCCCCCAGAGCUUCCCGCCCAGGUCGGGACCCAGCUGUCUCUUUGCAUGCUCCCCGACCCCUCCCGACACAGGUGCCAUGGGGUGCUUGGUGUGUGGGACUAUGAAUACCAGAGGAUCCCCCUGCUCAUCAACCACAUGCCUGUCAAGAUCCGGAGGGCCCACAUGGGCAUGGGUGUCAGGAGUGGCUUCAGUCCCCAACGGGCCUCCAGGAACAGCUACCAGCCCUCUGGGCAGAAAAAGUGUGAAUGGGGGCCACAGUGACACCUGCAUUGCUAGGGAGGAGCUGGGUGGCCACACCAGCUGUCAGGGCAGGCCCCAGAGCUCAGCGUGGGCACCAACCCUGGUCCCUCUCCCCGCAGUCCCCACCGAGGAGCUACAUGACAUCCAGGGGGAGCUGCAGCAGAUCAAAGCCCAGGUGGACAGCCUGCUGCAAAGUCUGGAGUGCAUGGACCAGCAGCAGGUCCCACCCGCAGUGGCAAGAACAGGGGCCCUGGUAGCAAGGGCUCCUCAUGCAGCUCUGAGCCCCUGCAGAAGCCCUAGAGUGAGGGGGCUGGUCCAGAGGCAGAUGGCUACGAGGGUGGCACAGACACGGAGCGGACAGUGGAGAACCACGCAGACGACCAGGACAGCCAGGAAGCAGCAGGAACCCCUCCAGGCUCAUCAGCUCCAGGCAUUCUGGGAUAGAUGGCUCCUUGUCUGGCGUAGUAGGUUUUGAAGGCCACCUUAGCACCCAUGCAAACUGACAUGCCUCACCUGGAGCUGGGGCAAUGGAAGUAGAUGCGGGGCUUGGCCAGACAAGCAGAAGGCCAACCUGUAGUGGUGGGUUUAGCUUCUUUAGAGGUUGCAUUUCGAGAUGAUGGUCCUGGGACCGACAGGGUUAGGGAGGUGGCCUGGGACUGCACCAGGUUGCCAUCCUCAUGAAGCUGAGGUUGUCUUGCAAAGGGGCAGAUGACAGCCCAUUCCAACCCCACCCCAGGGCUCAGAGGGCACCCUCAGCCUUGUUUGAAUGCAGACAGGGCUGCUCUUCACUCCCCUCCCGAUGCACCACCAGCCAACAGCUGGCCAACAUAUCUCCCUGAGUUCCCAUUCUCCCUGAAACUGCUGGAGUACUCUCAGUCUGCACGCCCCCCACAGCCCUCUUUGGGCUCCAGACUCCCCAUCUACUCUACAAAGCCAUCCUUCAGAAUUACAUUCUGUCUUAUUUCCACUGGUGUGAUACUAUUAUCAGACCUGCUCUAGAAAGACAUGUCAGAAGGGAAAAAAUAAAAUUUGUAUUUCUUUUUCCUG